GGAGCGAGGAGGAGAAGAAGCGAUGAGGAGGCGGGCUCGGGGCCGCCCAUCCCCGCCCAUCCCCGGGGCGGCGGGGCCCCGGCCGCGGGCGGCGCGGUUCCCGCUGAUGGGAGGCGGGUCCGGUCCCGUUUUGCCGAGCGCUGGAGCCCAUGGCUACAGGCCACCUCUGUAUAAAGGGGUGUAAACUCGAAGAACUCGGGCUUUUCCAGUUAAAGCCUUCACUUGUAUCGGCAGCGCAGCAAACAUGCCUGAACAAAGCAACGAUUACAGGGUGGUUGUGUUUGGAGCAGCAGGGGUUGGCAAAAGCUCCCUGGUCCUUCGCUUUGUAAGGGGAACUUUCAGGGAAAUCUAUGUCCCCACGAUCGAAGACACGUACCGGCAGGUCAUCAGCUGUGACAAGAGCAUCUGCACCCUUCAGAUCACAGACACCACGGGAAGCCACCAGUUCCCUGCCAUGCAGAGGCUCUCUAUAUCCAAAGGGCAUGCUUUCAUCUUGGUGUACUCCGUCACCAGCAGGCAGUCCAUGGAAGAUCUCCAGCCCAUCUUUGAACAGAUCUGUCAGAUUAAAGGGGACAUCCAAAAAAUCCCCAUAAUGCUGGUGGGGAACAAAAGUGAUGAGACCCAGAGGGAGCUGGAUGCUAGUGAGGGGCAAGCAUUAGCCAGCAAGUGGAAGUGCUCCUUUAUGGAGACAUCAGCCAAAAUGAACUACAACGUACAGGAUCUCUUCCAGGAGCUCUUGAAUCUGGAGAAGAGGAGAACUAUCAGUCUCCAGGUGGAUGGAAAGAAGUCCAAGCAGCAGAAGAAGAAAGAUAAACUGCAAGGCAAGUGCUCUGUUAUGUGACUGACUUUGGCUGGACAAAGCUGGAGCACGGACUCCCACAGAAAAUGCAUUUCUGCUGGAGGUUUCAGACAAAACGAUGCCUUACAGGGCUAUUGCUUUUCUCUCGGAUCUCCACGGGAUUAUUUUAUGUGUUGGGUUUAAAGGGGAUGGCUUUCUGCAUGUUUAUUUUUUAAAAAACAAUAAAUGUUCAGUGCUAGCAAUUACAUGUGACUGGAAGUUUGUAAUGCAAGAAGUGUAUAGAAGAAUGUCAGCCAGAAACAAACAUCUUUGUUCCUGUGAGUACGUGCUAGGUUUCAGUGUUUCAGCCUGUUAGCUCAAAAGAAAUCAUAUUUAUAAUGUGUAUACUUCAGAAAUUGCUUUCAGGAAUCCAUCUUUAUCAAAGCCAAGCAUUUGCACUGCAAAUGAAUGUGGAUGUGGCUCCAGAUGCUUGUAUUUUUGGCAGACAGACUGGCUUGCCUACCAAAGACUCAGUUUUCCAUGUAAGAAGUUCACAUUUCCCA